AUGCAUUGGCAACUUUUGGCUCUCCUCUCCCUUGUUUGUCAGACGCUUAUAUUGACUUUAGCUGCGAGAAAACGAAGUGAGAGCUGGCGACAGGACUGCAGGAGCUGUCUGGAGUGUUCGAAGGAAAAUGGCUGCCUGCGCUGCUCUGAGCGCCUCUUCCUGUUCCUGAACAGAGAUGGCAUGAGUCACCACGGCUCUUGUGUUCACUCCUGUCCCUCCGGACACUUCGGCCUCCGAGGCAAAGAUCUCAACCACUGCAUGAAAUGCAAAGCUCCAGAGUGUGAGAGGUGUUUCAAUAAAGACUUCUGCACCAAGUGCAAGGGAGGAUAUCUGCUCUUCAAAGGCAAAUGCUUCAAAAACUGUCCAGAGGGCACAUUUCCUCAGUCCACAGACUGUGUUGAAGGCUGUGUGCUCAGUAUUUUGGGGUUUUGGGGUGAAUGGAGCCCAUGUCAGCACAACGGCCAAAAGUGUGGUGUCAGAUGGGGGCAGCAGAGCAGGACCCGUGAGCUGUCCAGAAGCACGCCUGAAGAGACAGAAACACUCUGCCCACAUCAGACUGAGAGCAGAAAGUGCCGGAUGAAGAAAAAGUGUCCAAAAGAUAAAAAGAACAAUGUAAGGAGAGAAGAAAGAAGAAAUGCACAGAAAAUGCUGAAGCUCUUUGGGAACAAAACUGUCACAGAACCUCCAUGGCAAAUAUGGUUCCUUGCGUGUAAACAUUCAGGAAACCCUGGAGUCAAUAGUCCUACCCUCAGGCUUAUUGUGGACCAUACUGUGGACGUCCUGGAGCUGAAAAGGUCCAUUCAGUGCUGGUUCUCCCAAGGGAAGCUCUUUGACCGUGGGGGGCCUGGGCCUCCAAACGCAGGCCUGCUAUUGUCCAUCUGGCCUCUGAUUGAUCCAGGACUUGGCAAUCCGCUGCAUCCAGAAAAACAUCAAGAAGAACCGGGGUGUGAAAGGCUGGCCAUGGUGGAAGCUCUUCACCACCGUCCGUCCUCUCAUCGAG